AUGUCGGAACAUGUCCAUGUCGAUUAUCAGCAACUCAACGAUAACCUCCAAAGAUUUUUUCAAGCGCAUCCACAGGUCGACAACGUUGUCGGAGCUGAAGCUUAUCUGCUUCUUCAACAGUGUCAAAAUGAUCUUACUCAAUAUGCAACGGAUUUACAGGAGGUAGAAGUGGAGGCUGAGAGGGCAAGAAGAAUGUUUGAACGAGAUCUUACUGCUGCCCGAGCUCAACGAACUGCUGUUGAGGUUGUGGGCCCUGACGUAGAACCUAUUGGAAACAAUGCUCUACCUGCACCCCCACCACCACCAGCUACAGGCACAAUCUAUCGGUCGGAGAAACUCCCAGAUCCCGACGUGUUCAGGGGGGAUCGUGAUCGAGAAAGGUUACACUUAUUCAAGCAACAAAUGAAACUCAAGCUACUAGGAAAUACCGAUCGUUAUCCUACACUACAGUCUAAGUUAUCAUAUGCAUUCAGCAGAUUGGAAGGCGCUGCUGCCAAUCAGUUCUUACAGUACAUAGGAGAAGAAGGUAUUGCCUUACCUUCUAUGACACGGUUUUAUGAAAUUCUGGAUACAGCUUUUGGGGACCCCGAUCGAAUGCGUACGGCUAGGAGAAAUCUCCGGAAUAUCAGACAACGCACUCGAACUUUCGCUGACUACUUCGCUGAAUUUCAACGGUAUGCUGCUGAGUCGGGUAUGGAUGAAGUCUCUCGGAUUGAGGCUUUGAUGGAAGGUAUUAAUGGGGAACUCGACGAAUCAAUGAUACACCAUGACACUCCCGCGACGGUAGAUGCCUGUGCGACACUUUUGCAACGAUUGGAUAAUCGUCGUCGAGCGGCAGAAGCUAAACGAGGAAAUAAAAAACCUUGGACUACUACUACUACUACUACCCCGGCUCCUUGUCCCCCACCAGCGAAUCCUGUUCCUGCUCCUCGUGCUGCCGCCCCAGUCGCCAAUGCACCUACUACUGAAAAUCAUCCCUCGUUCCGUCCAGGAGGUGAUAUACCCAUGGAUCUAUCUGGAGGUCGUCGUCGACCCACCCCUGCUGAAAGAAAUGCCGGCUUAGUUGAGGGCCGAUGUUUCUAUUGCGGAGGUGUUAGACAUAUGGUUAGAGAUUGCCCCCAAGCGAGGGCAACAGGAAAUCAAUCAAGGAGGCCUGUGAUGAGAGGAGCGGCAUUGACGGUGGAAGAAAAUGCCGGAAGCGAUAAUGAGUCGGCAAAAGAUUUGUCCCUGCACUAA